AUGGUAGAUCAACCUGAGAAUGAUCCUGCUAAUACUGUAGAAAUAAACCUGUCAGUACUUGAUGAGACGCAUCCAUCGAGGGCAGAUUUGGAGUUGGCCAAAGAAGAGAAGGAUUUCAUCCAAGAAACAAAGCAAGAAGACGAACACCAAACUGUCAUUCGUGAAUCGAGCAACCCCACGGAAGCUGAGGCACUGCUACAACAAGCACAGUUGGAACUCGAUGAUGCGAGGAAAGAAAAGAUAGAGUUGAAGAAAAAACUCUUUGUAAGCGAGGGCACGGUUGUAGAAUUGAAAGAUACAGUAAAUCAACUUGGGCAUAGCCUUGCUGAUGCUGUACAAGCUAGAUCGGCAGCACUCGAGGAGACAUCUACGUUGCAGGCUGAUUCGGAAAUGGCCAAAGAAAAGAAGGACCGAAUUUUGCAACAGCUGAUUGAGCUGCAGGCGACUUAUGAAGUUGCUUCUGCCGAUAUGGUCGAUAUGGAAAACGAAUUGACAGCAGAAAGAGAAGGGAGGAUAGCGGUUCAAUCCACGGUCGAUGAUUUACAACAUGAAUUGGUGGAUGCUGUAAAUGUUAAAGAAGCUGUAUUGAAAUCAAAUAUGGAGGUACGGCAUGGACUUGAAUCAGCCUGA